AUGGGGAGGCCGGCGAAAGACGAAAGCCGAUGCAAGCGGCAUCCGAAGCACCGGCAGUCGGUCGGAGUCUGCCCCUUCUGCCUCCGCGAGAGGCUCUCUCACCUCACCCACCCCUCCUCCUCCUCCUCCGCUGUCUAUCUUUCUUCUUCCUCGGCCUCUUCAUCGCCCUACAGCACUUCCGACUCUGACCUCUCUUCUUAUGCUUCCACUCCCCCGCACCACUGCGACGUGAAGAGACCCAAGGGAUGGCUUCUUCCCGAACCACGUGUCGCAGCGCGAGGAGGUAAGUUGACCAAGAGCCUGUCCCUGGUCUUCGUCGUCCGAAGCCACGAAGAGGACGAGAAAGAGAAGAAGAUAAUGGCGGAUCAUAAAGGGAAAGAGAAGGAGAAGACGAAGAAGAAGAAAUCGAGGUUUUGGUCGAAGCUGCUGAGCGGGUCGAACGGGAGACAGAAGAAAAGAAUGGCUGGUGGCGCCUUGCUGCACUCCCACACCUUCAAGGAGAAGCCUUCUCCCAAGUUGGUCUUGUUCGCCUAG